CAGCAGUAUGCAGCGCAUCACCCCCAUUAUUGAACUCUGCAAGCCUCCUAGGCUGAAUUUCUCAUCCCGUCGAAACAUGUCAAGUUUCCCCGCCAGAAUUUCCCCCUCUCAGUCAGAAAUUAGGAACCGCCAACUCUCCCCGCAGAACGUGGAAAUUGCAAUCCGGAGUCUCCACCACGAUGGCCUCGUCGUAGUGGAGAAUGUCGUGCCCCACGAUGCUCUGGACCAACUAAACACGAAAAUGGUAGAAGAUGCGAAAGUCCUUCAGAAUAGGAAGGAAAAUAGCCCCUAUAACUACAACCCCGGCAAUAUUCAGCAGGACCCUCCUCCGGUACGACAGUAUUUUGAUCCUGACAUCUUCCUCAAUCCAAUAGCUACCCAAAUCACUUCGACAGCCUUGGGCUCGCGCCCAAAAUGGACAUUCUGCUCUGGGAACUCAGCCAUGCCACCUACAGCAGAAAGCCCGCAUACAUCUCAGCCAGUCCACUCUGAUGCGGACUUCGACCACCCUACACACCCGUUCGCCUAUGUGGUUAACAUUCCACUAAUUACCAUGACGCCAGACAAUGGGUCUACGGAGGUGUGGCUGGGAACACACCUUGAUUCUGGUCUGCAUGUUCAAGAAGGAAUGCACGGCGAGCGAGCAAGUGGGAGAAUCCAACUGGAUGUGCUGGAGAAACGGAGGACAAUCCGACCGCCGAGUCAACCUGUUGUGCCUAAGGGUGCAAUAGUUCUGAGGGAUUUGAGGCUAUGGCAUGCUGGAGUCGGUAACAAGACCAAUGAGGUUAGGGUUAUGUUGGCGAUGAUUCAUUUUGCGCCGUGGUACCGAAAUACGAUGAGGCUGGAAUUUGCGGAGGACCUGAAGCCUUUAAUACAGGAACAGGCAAGCUUGGAAGUUCCCGUCGACUGGGUUACAAAGUCAGUGGCCAUGUCGCGGUAUUUGAACCGGGGAUUUGGAAACUCGUAUGAUUUUAGCCAGCAACCAUGA